UAAAGUGGAGAUGAAAUCAUUUAAGUGCUUGCCCUCUUGAUCAUUAAUGACCAUCAUGUCACGGACAAUCUCUUUAGCAUCCUUUAGUUUGCUCUUUUUACUUCUCAUCCUGUAUUUAAAGUUUACCUACCUGGUUGAGGAAGAGUCUCCGUUACAACUCUUGCCAAGAGAGGUGACAUGUCCGGGAACCACUCCCACAGUAAGAAAUGGCUCUCACACUACCGCAGUUGGUGGUGGCAUCUUCUUCAUAGAGACUUCAGAUAACACUAGUCCAACCUUCCAAACCAUGUGCGCGGUGGAAUCUGCAGCGCAGGCCAACCCACAGGUAAAGAUCACCAUCCUGAUGAAGGGCUUAACUGGCCAAAAACGAUCGCUGCCCAAAAACUUUGGCAUUUCCUUUCUUAGCUGCUUCUCCAAUGUACAAUUUUUGCCGCUAGACUUCAAGAAACUUUUUUCCAAUACACCGCUAAGCGCUUGGUACUCUGGGGUGGAAAACAAUUGGGAAUUAGUAGACUAUGCAACACUUUCCGAUGCCUGCCGUUUGGCCAUCCUUUGGAAGUCAGGUGGCACCUACUUAGACACAGAUUUCAUCAUCCUUAAGAAUUUAAAGAACAUUACAAACACAAUGUCCGUCCAAUCUUUGUACACAAUCAACGGGGCUUUCCUCACCUUCCAUCCACAGCAUAUGUUCAUUGAACUCUGCAUGAAGGACUUUGUCUCCCGAUACAAUUACUGGCUCUACGGCCAUCAGGGGCCUCAACUCCUGACGCGGGUGUUUAAGAGGUGGUGUUCCAUCCACAGAUUGAGGGACAAGACGAGAUGCAGAGGGGUGAACGUGCUGCCUAAAGAAUCCUUCUAUCCCGUGGAAUGGCAGGACUGGAAAAAGUAUUUUCAGGCUAUCGAUCCAUUGGAGAUGAAGACGCUACUGAAGGACAGCUACGGCGUGCAUCUCUGGAACAAGAAAAGUAAAGGGAGACGGAUGGAGGUGGGAUCAUUUCUGGAGCAGCUUCAGUCACAGUACUGCCCUAGAACCAACACUUUAAUGAAGCUGUAUCUCUGA